CCUGCUUGUUUAGCGCCCGCUUAUUUUGUGAGUUGGCAGCACAAACAAGUCGCAGCGCGCUGUUCAGUUGUUUUUUCCCCGUCAAACUUACGCUACUGCUACAACUCUGCUGCUCUCUGUUCGUUCGUUCGCUUGCUUUCUAUUUGAUUUCGUUUUUGUGUUAUUAACAAUUUGCUGUUGUGUGUGUGUGUACGUGCUUAUUUCGAAAAUUAUUCUAAUGAAAAUGCUCGACGACAAGAACUGCAGAUUUAAAAAGAAAGAGUGCUGCUGCAACGGCUUUAAGAGCAACAACAACAACAAAAUCGACAAAAACUAUACAAUUUGAAAAAGAGGCUGCAAACGAGUUUUGUUUGCGUUUGCAAAGCGCGCGCAUAAUCUGAGUUUCCAUCAAGGUGAAACUGCAACUGGCAUUGACUGCUUAUUUUCCCAUCGUUUUACACCAAUUAAGAAUCAAAAACAAUCACAGGGGAAGUGGGAAAAGCACAAGCAGCAGAAAACGGUAAAAAUUGGCGGCGAUUUCCAAUACAAAAAUCAAAAUACCAACAAAAAGCAGAAAGAAGAAGGCAAGCUGCCACACACAGACCCAGAGCGACCAACGUAAAUACUAUAAAAACCCACACACACAUAUAUAUAUGUAUACACAUCCAGCGUAGACAAACAAAGGUCGAAACAGUUGUGCGCUCGCUUGCACACACUUUGCUACCAAUUGAUGUCGGAGCGAGACGGCGUAAAUAGCAGUCAAUAUUGGGAGUGCGAGUGCCAAAUGUCACAUGAAAUUACAACACUGCUGUGAAAGACGAAAGCAACAACAGCAAUCAGCGCUAAGCUAGCAAGAAGAAGCAGCAACAUAAACAAAACCAAAACAAGUACAAAACGGGCGCCGGCUAAAACCAGCCCCCCACCUUCCUUUCUCUAAAUGCAAAAAUGCUGCCCAGCAUGCAGACAACAACAAACAGAUAUCAAAUGGAAACAGAACGGGAUGUUGCCCAUGUGGAAUACGAUGUUAUAAACUACUACACAGAUGCGAAUCCGAAUCCGGAUACAGCAGCAGUAGCUGCCGUCACCGAGCAACGUUGUUCCCGGGUCAACAACAGCAACACAUUGCUUGAUGUUGUUGUUCACUCGAGAUCAACGCGCGAGAAUUUUAAAACUGUUGGCCAACUGGAGGUUCCUUUGGCCACACCUACAGCAACAACAAGCACUAACAGUACCAGCUCAACGCCCCCGAUGCGCAGCAAAGGUGGCGGCAAUAGCGGCAGUAGGCAGCGCAGCAAGGAGAGCACCGGUGCCAGUGCCACGCCUACAUUAGGCGUCAAUAUGCGUGUGACCGGGCAGUGCAGUCAGGGUGGUCGUAAAUAUAUGGAGGAUCAAUUCUCUGUUGCGUAUCAGGAAUCGCCUCUGACGCACGAACUGGAAUACGCAUUCUUUGGCAUCUAUGACGGCCAUGGUGGUACAGAGGCGGCGCUCUACGCCAAGGAGCAUCUCAUGCUGGAGAUUGUUAAGCAAAAGCUGUUCUGGUCCGAUAACGAUGAGGAUGUGUUGCGUGCAAUUCGCGAAGGCUACAUUGGCACACAUUUUGCCAUGUGGCGGGAGCAAGAUAAAUGGCCACGCACGGCUAAUGGGCAUCUGAGCACCGCCGGCACCACAGCAACGGUGGCUUUUAUGCGCCGCGAAAAGAUUUACAUCGGUCAUGUGGGCGACUCGGGCAUUGUGCUGGGCUAUCAGAAUCCUGGCGAGCGACGCUGGCGCGCCAAACAGUUGACAACGGACCAUAAGCCCGAAUCCCUGGCCGAGAAGUCACGUAUACAGCGUUCCGGCGGCCAGGUGGCCAUCAAGUCUGGUGUGCCGCGCGUAGUCUGGAAUCGUCCCAGAGAUCCGCUGCAUCGCGGGCCCAUCAAGCGUCGCACACUUGUCGAUGAUAUACCCUUUCUGGCUGUGGCACGUUCCUUGGGCGAUCUCUGGAGCUACAAUUCGCGCUGCAAGGAGUUUGUUGUUAGCCCCGAUCCGGAUGUUAAAGUGGUCAAAAUUGAUCCCAAUACGUUCAGAUGCCUCAUUUUCGGCACGGAUGGCCUGUGGAAUGUGGUGACGCCGCAGGAGGCGGUCGACUCAGUGCGUGAGAAGCACAUUAUUGGCGAGUGUCUUCAUGAACAGGACGUUAUGAAUCCUAGCAAGGCGCUGGUCGACAAGGCCCUCAAGACCUGGGCCACCAAAAAGAUGCGUGCGGACAACACAUCCGUUGUAACUGUGAUACUGACGCCGGCGGCAGCGACAACAACUUCAGCUGCCGCCAGCAGCAGCGAUUUGAUGGAGCUGGAACCGUCGGAUACGGAGAACAAUUAUCCCGCCAGUUUGGGGGAGCUGGAGCAUGAAGAACUCAGCUUGGAGCUGUGCGGCCACAUUGAAGAGAAGGAGUAUUUCCAUGACACGCCCUACAGUGCCUUGGCCAAACGGCAUUUGCCGCCGGAGCCGUAUCGAAAUUUCGACUAUUAUAUUGAGGAGGAGCUGUUAGAGGAAGUCGUCGAAGAGGAGGAGCAGGAGGAGGAAGAGGAGGAGGAGGAAGAGGAGGAGCAGGAGGAGGACGAAAUCGAUGACGAUUUGGUACAGCAGAGCAAAUACUGGCGCAAAUCUUUGCAACAAUCAAUUGCCAGCUGGCAGCAAACAUCAACGAUACGACAACGUCGCACGGAUAUCGAUGUGGAGAUGCAAGAAUCCGAAGAUGUUGUCGAACCGGCAGCGGAGCCCACACUCGAGCUAUACAACAGCAACAACAGUUGCAGCAGCAGCAAUAUCUGUGCAUUGCAGCAACAGCACCUGGAGCACAGCUAUGAUAGCUAUGUUAGCAACGCGGCGGUCAGCGCGAGCACCGAAUAUAGCUUUGCCGAGUCGUAUAAUACGCUGCUAAACGAGCAGCAGGCGGCGCAGCAGCAGCAGCAACAACAGUCACAGCGGCAACACCAGCAGCAACAACAGCCACUGGUGGAGCAGCAGCAGCAGCAGCAACAACAACACCAUCACCACCAGCAGCAGCAGGAGCAGCAGCAACAGCAGCAGCUGUUGAAUAGUACGCGCAGCAUGCAGGAGAUAUUGCAGGAGCAGCAGCGUUACCAGCAGCAGGAGGGCUACUCGCUGACGCAGCUGGAGACGAGACGCGAGCAACAGCAGCAGCUGCAGCAGCAGCAGCAACAGCAGCAACAGCAGCAGCAGCAGCAACAGGUUGCGCAUAGCAACAGGUGGCAACUGGAGCAACAGCAGCAUGAAGCGUCGUAUGUGGAGCAGCCGGCAGAGCUGCUGGCGCUUAAUGCGCUGCUGCAGCAGGAGCGCGAUGAGGAACAGCAGGUGGCACUGGAACGGGAGCAACAGCAGCAGCAACAGCAACUGCUGCUGGUUGAGGCCAGCUCCAGUUCCAAUUCCAGCUGCAGCUCCUCCAGCUGUUCCAGCCAGUCUGCGUUUGUCUAUGCACCGCCCUGGAGCGAACCCAGUGUGGACACGCUGCAGGACAAUGAGGUGAGCUCCACGUUGCCAGCCACGCCCACGCCUACGCCCUUGCCAAUGCACAACAGCAGUGCGGAAGAGCAGUUGCUGCAGUUGGAGAUUAGCGAGCAACCGUUGCCGGCGCCUUUACAGCAGCAACAGUUGCCGGCGCCCUUGCAGCAGCAACAGUUGCCGGCCAUGCAGCCCCGGAUCCGACGACCAAUGCGUCGCUAUCGCAAUGUGCCCAACGAGAAUCACCAACACAUGCAAACACGACGCCGGCAGCUGUUCAAGCACAGCAAAAGCAAGUCCUUUAUUGGCGCCAGCGCAGCUGCCAUUGUUGCCUAUGCCAACAGCAGCAGCAGCAGCAGCGAGGCAUUGCCCAGCGGCAGCAGCAACAGCAGCAUUAACAGUGGCAGCAACGGCAACAUUAACAUUAACAGCAGCGGCAGUAGCGCUAGCGUCGGCGUCGGCGGUGGCAGCAGCAGCAGCAGCAGAAGCAACCGGCGGCGCAGCGUCAACAGCGGCAGCACCGUUAUGAUGACGCGUCGCAGUCACAGCUUGAGUUUGGCCAGCAGCGGCGUUAGCAAGCGGCAGCUGCGCAGCACCAUUUGUCAGCUGAGCAGCUUAGAUAUGACAAAGCGGACGCUGCGCACGCGCAAUGCGCCGCCAGCGGUUAGCAGCAGCAGCAGCAACAACAAUAAUAAUAAUAACAACAACAACAACAACAACAACAACAAUAAUAACAGUAAAAACAGCAGCAAUAACAACAGCAGCAACAACAACAACAACAACAACAACAACAACAACAGUAACAACAGCAGCAACAAAUCCAGUCACACAUUUAACAAGCCGGCAACGCCAACAUCUGCAACAACAGUUGGCGGCAGCGCGCGACGUCUGCGUCGCACCAAUGAGGAGCGCGAACAGCGACGCAGCCUACGACGCAGCACACUUAGCGCCAGUCAAUUGUCCAGCAGCAGCAGCAACAGCAGCGGCGGCGGCGGCGGCGGCAGCGCCAGUAGUCAGUUUAGCAAGCCAACGCGACUGCAAUCAUGCGGCGGUGGCAUUGCAGCGCGUCCGCCGCCGUCGCCAAAGAAACUAAAUGCAGUCGUGCCGACGCUUGCAAUUGGAACGCGCGCCUAUACAGCGGCUCUGGCGGCAGCAGCGGAUUUGAGCAAGCGUUGGUCACUGCGCAGCAGCAGUAACAGCAGCAGCGGCAGCAAUAUCAGUAACGGUAAUAGCAACAGCAACAGCAACAGCCUGAACAGUAACACCGCGAUGGCAACCCUUGUGUCGGCCAUCAGCUGUUACAGUGCGCGCAGCCGAACAGCAGCAGCCGCGGCCGCAGCAGCAGCAACAGCAACAACAGCGACAACAACAACAACAUCGCGACGGCGCUGAGAGCGAUAUCAUGUUUAAGUUGAGUAAAAGUGAAGAGAGUAAAUAAUUAGUGAGUGGCGCUGCCAAUGCGUUUCAAAAUUACAAGUACAAAUGCUAAAAUGAAACCUAAAUAAUUAGUUAGAAGAUGUGACAAAGUGAAAGUAAUUGGUAAAAUUAUGUUACUUUGUAACAAACCGAAAUUGUAGGUGCACACACACACACACACACACACAGACGACACAUCGCACAUACUUAGAUGUUGUACAUAACAAACAAAUACUUAAGCUAUAUAAACACAUGC